UAUUUGCAUGUGUUUUCCCAAUGUGCAGCACAUUGAGCUCUGGGCCCCUGCAGUAUUAGCAUGAUUAUUAGUUUUACUUUUAUUAUUCACAUUCUGCAGUAGAGAAGCUACAGACACGAGUUACUUCAGAGGUGAGCGACUCUUUUUAAGAGGUGUAAACAUACACAUGUACAAAUAGUGUUUAGGGAGUGCGUCCUCGCUGCUUCCUGUGGCCCAGUGUAAACUCCAAUAAUACCGCGUGGCACUUGGAGACAGAGAGCCCAGGUUGGGAGUGGGAGGGGCCUGUGGCUCGGAUUUCCAGAGGAGAGCGGCCACCGACCCGCUGACGAACGUCCUGUGUGUGCGCGGCCUGCGCAGCGCCGCUGCUCCACACACACACAGCGCCCCCCUGCGCCCAGCGGCUCAGCCCCAUCCACAUGAUGUAUAGAUCGUGCACCGAGCCCCGGGGGGAAGUCCGAGCUGAGCCUCCUACUAUCUGAGCAUCCUCAGGAAAAAAAAAAAAGAAAAAAAGAAGCUAAACAAGCAAAAGUUUUCCAGAGGAGUCGACAUGGACGCAAAGGAGCAGCCCGUGUGACCCGACGAAGAGACUGACGCCAGGCUCUCUUCACACGGACAGAGAAUGAUAACAUAGGCGGCGUUUUGUUCGCUUUUUUCCGUGUGUGUGUGGAGCGUGUGAGGGGACACGACAAGCUGAAGUGUGGGGAAGUUUUGAGGCAGGGCUAUGGCGCGGAGCGGAGACGCCGCCGGGAUGUCCAAAGCUCCCAAAGUCCAGAGGAAGAAGAAGAAGAAGAGCAAGGAGAACAAAACCAGGACGGUCCACACAAACUUACUGUACGACCUCUCCAAGGGCGAGGAAAACCCCAACAGACACUAUGCAAACAACAAGAUCAAGACCACCAAGUACACGGUGCUCUCCUUCCUGCCAAAGAACCUCUUCGAGCAGUUCCAUAGGUUCGCCAAUGUUUACUUUGUCUUCAUCGCCUUGCUGAAUUUUGUCCCGGUUGUCAACGCGUUCCAGCCCGAGCUGGCCCUGGCCCCCGUGGUGUUCAUCCUGUCAGUCACUGCCAUCAAAGACCUGUGGGAGGACUACAGGAGACACAGGUCGGAUAAAGAGAUCAACCACAUGGACUGUCUGGUCUUCAGCAGAGCGGAGAGACGCUAUGUGGAGAAGUACUGGAAGGAGGUUCGAGUGGGAGACUUCAUCAGGCUGCGAUGCAACGAGAUCCUCCCCGCCGAUGUUCUGCUGCUGAGCACCAGCGACCCCGACCGCCUGUGCCACAUCGAGACCGCCACACUGGAUGGAGAGACCAACCUCAAGCAGAGGCAGGUCGUCCGCAGCUUCUUUGACCUGGAUUGUGAUUUCGACCCUUUAAAAUACAACAGCGUAAUUGAAUGUGAAAAACCCAACAAUGACCUGAAUAGAUUCCGAGGCUACAUAAUCCAUAGAAGCGGCAGAAGAGAUGCACUUUAUAAAGAAAACCUGCUGCUGCGAGGCUGCACCAUCCGCAACACAGAGGAGGCUGUGGGAAUAGUCAUUUAUGCAGGUCACGAGACCAAAGCCAUGCUGAACAACAACGGCCCGCGCUACAAACGCAGCAAACUGGAGAGACAGAUGAAUGUAGAUGUGUUCUGGUGUGUCAUCAUCCUGCUGGUCAUGUGCCUGUUUGCUGCUGUGGGUCACGGGCUGUGGAUGUUUCAGUACGGAGAUAAGAGACCUGUGUUUGACGUUCUCAGUCCAGAGGGGACAGACUUAUCACCAAUCAUGUCAGCCAUUUAUCUCUUCCUCACUAUGAUCAUCGUCUUUCAGGUGCUGAUACCCAUCUCCCUCUUUGUGUCGAUUGAGAUUGUCAAGAUCUGCCAAGUGUACUUCAUCCAUCAGGACAUGGAUCUGUACGAUGAGGAGACAGACUCUCACCUGCAGUGCAGAGCCCUUAAUAUCACAGAGGAUCUUGGCCAGAUGCAAUACAUCUUCUCUGACAAGACAGGCACGCUGACGGAGAACAAGAUGGUGUUUCGCCGCUGCACUGUGGCAGGGGUGGAGUACUCCCAUGAUGCCAAUGCUAGAAGACUUGCUAUGUACCAGGAGAUGGAUUCUGAAGAAGAGGAGUGUACAUCUCACGGAGGCACCCUGCCCAGGCGGGACAGCGUGACCAGCCACCACAGCGCCCCGGUGGUGCUGCGCUCCCAGAGCACAAAGUCCCAUCGCAGGACGGGCAGCAGGGCGGAGGCCAAGCGAGCCAGCAUCCUAUCCAAGCACACGGCCUUCAGCAGCCCCAUGGAGAAAGAUAUCACCCCUGACCCCCAGCUCCUGGACAAAGUCAAUGAAUGCAGCAGUCAGAUGGACUUCAUGCGCUUUCACAGCCAGCCAAUGUCCCAGCUGCCCUCUGACCUCUCAGAUAUCAUUGAUUUCUUUAUCGCUCUCACAAUCUGCAACACAGUGGUGGUGUCCUCCCCCAACCAGCCCAGGCAGAAGGUGCGCAUGAGGUUUGAGCUGAAGUCCCCGGUCAAGACCAUUGAGGACUUCAUCAAGCGCUUCACUCCCAGCCGCUUGACGUCAGGCUCCAACAACAGCAGCUCCUCCAGCCUCAUCACAAACCGCUCCUCCAAUAAGGGCUGCUCCAGCAUGCUGUCCUCCCCCUCUGCGGAGAGCACGCUCACCAAGCUGGAUGAGGAGCACUCUCGCAGAGGCCUGGACCACACCUUCAGCCCCGCCCCGCCCUCUUAUGAAGGUAAGGUUUGGGGCCUGGAGGAGGGCGAGCUGCGCUACGAGGCGGAGUCGCCUGACGAGGCCGCGCUUGUCUACGCGGCCAGGGCUUACAAGUGCUCCCUCGUCGGACGCCUCCCAGACCAGGUGACCGUGGAACUGCCGCACCUGGGGAAGCUUAGCUUUGAGCUGCUGCACACGCUGGGCUUCGACUCCACCAGGAAGCGCAUGUCUGUGGUGGUGAGACAUCCUCUGACGGAUCAGAUCACUGUGUACACUAAAGGAGCAGACUCUGUCAUCAUGGAACUCAUCAAACCUCCCAGCACAGGUAACACCAAAGGGAAACGACAGAAAAAGAUUGUCUACAGGACCCAGAACUACCUGAACCUUUAUGCUGCAGAUGGCCUUCGCACACUGUGCAUUGCAAAAAAGAUCCUGAGCAAGGACGAGUAUGCCUGCUGGCUGCAGCAUCACCUGGAGGCUGAGACGGCCAUUCAGGGAAGAGAGGAGCUGCUCUUUGAGUCGGCCCUGCGCCUGGAGACGAACCUCCAGCUCUUAGGGGCGACAGGAAUAGAGGACCGUCUGCAGGAUGGCGUGCCUGAAACUAUAGCUUCUCUGAGGAAGGCUGGCCUGCAGAUAUGGGUGCUGACAGGAGACAAACAGGAAACAGCUGUAAAUAUAGCCUAUGCCUGCAAGCUGCUGGACCCCGAGGAGGAGAUCCUGACACUGAAUGCUGAUUCUCAGGAAGGAUGUGCGUUGUUGCUGGACGAGAGUUUACACUACAUCCAGAGCAAAUUCCUCUGCAGUGCUUCAGACCAUGCUGCCAAGGCCUUCAACGCCAACUUUGCACCCUUUGAGAUCUAUCCCUCUUCCUCUACAUCCUCCUCCUCAUCCUCCCACACCAUUCCCUUCAUGGUGCACCGGUUGGGUCUGGUUAUUGAUGGGCGGACCUUAGCCUAUGCCCUGGAUAAGAGUUUGGAGGAUAAGUUUCUGGCUAUAGCACGGAGCUGCCGCUCAGUUCUCUGCUGCCGCUCCACGCCGCUGCAGAAGAGCAUGGUGGUCAAACUGGUGCGGAACAAGCUGAAGGUCAUGACUCUGGCCAUAGGUGACGGGGCCAAUGAUGUCAGCAUGAUCCAGGUAGCGGACGUGGGCGUGGGGAUCUCGGGACAAGAAGGCAUGCAGGCAGUAAUGGCGAGCGACUUUGCUCUUCCACGUUUCCGGUAUCUCCAGAAGCUUCUGCUGGUCCAUGGACACUGGUGCUACUCCCGGCUGGCUAACAUGAUUCUUUAUUUCUUCUACAAAAAUGCAAUGUUUGUAGCGCUCAUCUUCUGGUAUCAGUUCUACUGUGGAUUCUCAGGUUCAUCCAUGAUUGAUCAGUGGUAUCUCAUCUUCUUCAACCUGAUGUUCUCUGCCUUUCCACAACUCAUCACUGGCACUCUGGACAAAGAUGUUUCAGCAGAGACUCUGCAACAACUACCUCAACUCUACGUGACCGGCCAGAACUCCGAGGAAUAUAAGCCAUAUAUGUUCUGGAUGAACAUGAUUGAUGCAUUCUACCAAAGUCUGGUCUGCUUCUUCAUUCCUUACUUUGCCUACUCUGACUCUGAUGUGGAUCUGUUUACAUGGGGAACUCCCAUCACUUCCCUCGCCUUAUUCACCAUUCUGCUGCACUUGGGCAUUGAGACCAAAACAUGGACCUGGAUGAACUGGCUGUCGAUCAGUUUCAGUGUUGCCUUAUUCUUCACUGUGGCUCUGUGCUACAACGCCUCCUGUCCCACCUGCUACUCCCCCUCUAACCCAUACUGGACCAUGCAGAGGCUGCUGCAGGACCCUCUUUUCUACCUGCUUUGUGUCAUCACACCUGUAGCAGCGCUGCUGCCCAGAUAUUUCUACAGGGCGUGUCAAGGCACGCUGUUUCCCAGCCAGGUCCAAGUUGGAAGGCAGUUGGAUAAACUCCCCGCUGAAACCCGUAGGAACAUCCUCAGCCUGAGCAGGGUCAAGGUGGGGUCACCGCUCAGCCCCAAGCCUCCCUUCCUGUCCCUCACCAAGCCUUCCCCUGAAGGUUGCAAUAAAAAAGACCAGAGGCGCUUCUCGAGCUCCAAGACAGCACAGGCCAAAAAGGGGCCCAUCGCACAAGCAGAUGAAGAAAAGGGCCAGGGGAGCCCUCUGGGGCCCACAGACUGUGAGAAGGGCCUCUCAAAUAUCUACACAUUAGUUCCUACAGGUAUAGACACUCCUCCUUACACCAAAGAAGCACCUCCACUCUCGGAGGAGCAGCAGCCUCCUUCCACCAAAGACUCGGAGUGUCUCGAUACGACUUUAGAGCCUUCAAAUCAGAGUCUCUCCAGCUGGAUCACCUCCACGCCUCUGCUCUCACAAACAGACAGCGUCCAGCUGACUCUGCCCCCUGACGGAGGCUCGCAGUGCGUGAAAUACACAAGGAACUCAGAGGAAAGGCUCCAGCCCGACCACACCGUUCAUCCAGCACACAGGACAGAGCAGAUGGCAGAGCAGUCGCUGCACAUCACCUUGUGAUUGUCUGAUGGUCUUAAGUAUGUUAUCUCAAACUCCAAUUUGCACGAUUAGUUUUUUUAUAUAUAAUUUUAUUGUAUUUUUCAAGGAGAAUCUUUUAUAAAAGAUAGAAAUAGGUACUUUAUAUUGUGGAUGUUCAAAGCUAAAGAUAUUUCUGAGGUUUGGGAGAUGGAAGAACUGGAAUAUCUCCCUUUUUUUUUUCUUGGGAAAAUUUAAUUUCACAAAGAGGCACCUCAGUUCAGGUUUGAAAGUAGAGAAAGUCGAGUGGCCUGCAGACAUUCCAUCGUUGGGUAUUUGGGAGUUUGUUUUCUCUCUGAUAUGGUACCCUGCUCAUUCCUUCAGCUUGGCCUGUAAAUGCAAGACCUGGACCAGAUGCCACUGUGGCCUUAUAUCAGUGUUGUAAUUCCAGAGGAAAGAUAUUUUAUACAUCUCCACAGAAACACUUUGGAUUUCUUGUGCGAGAAUUUCCCUUAAAGUAAGAGUUUUAUUUUUACAUACGUCAACGAAUAGUGGCAUUCGUUCAGUGCUCAUUUGUUGCUGGAUUUUUUUUUUGCUACGAAUUAAAUGUUGAAAAGUGUGUUCAUAUUUUAUGUCUUACAGUACAUUCCACUGAAAAAUGACGAGAGAUGUAGGCUUUAAAUUUAAUCACAUUCAGAUGGUAUAUCGAGAAAUAUUCAUUUUCAGCAAAACUUAACCAGAAAUGAUGCUGUGUGUGAGUGUGUUCAUGUGCGCGUGUGUGUGUGCAUGUGCGUGUGUGUGUUUGAGUGUGUGUCCAUUGACUCAUUGGAUCUGUUUCAACAGUUUCAGCCAGUUUCAUUUUAAAAGAGUAGUUUUGACAGUUCAGGAAAUAUGUUUGUUUGUUUUCUUACCGAGAGUUGGAUAACAAGAUUGAUGCCACUUUUUUUAUCUGGCCCUUAGCCUGGCUAGCUGUUUACCAUAGUUCCAUUCUUCAUGGGCUGAGGGAAACUGCUAGCCUAGUCAUGUUGUGAUUGUGAUAGUGGCAGGAAACCACUGAACUCUCAUAAGUUACUGCAACACUGCAUUCUGCUGAGAAACUCCAUCAUAUAUCACCUGUCACAAAAUGUUGUUUUUGUGAUUCACUGUUUACGUGGCCCAGGCGAACAAAGUACAGUGUGUCAUUUAGUUCGCUUUUGAGUUGCUGCUCAGCUGUUUCCAGUCCAGCCAUGCUAAGCUAACUGUAUCCAACUGUGCCUUCGUAUUCAGCGUAAAGGAUUUAGAGUGGUAUCAAUCUUAUCUAAUUCUCAUUCAGAAUCAAAUUUAGCACAUUUCCCAACGUGUCAUACUCGUACAGAAGGUUGCACUGUACAACAAACUACAAUCAAACGUUUUAAAACCAGUUGACUUGAAGGUCCGUUUUUGAAGAGUUUAUUUCAUGCAUUUUUUUUUUUCCUGCUGGUGUUCAGUUGUAAAAACCAAAAGCCCGAUGAACCAAACGUAAUGGAUGUCGCUUUCAGAUUUAAAUUUGCACUUUUUGCAUUAUUUGAGAAGUACCAAUGAGUUGGUGCUGUUGAUGUGUUCAGUGCUCAGAUACAGUAUGAAAAGGACAAGUUGUAUUUACUUUACACUUUUGCAAACAUCAGUUGUUUAAAGACACUAUAUUUGGUUUAUAGUUUAGCCUUUAAAGCAGCAGCACCUUUAAUAUGUUAUGAUUGUUGUAUCCCAUUGCAGUACAUUUUUGUAUAGAGUAUCAUUUACCAAAGAUCAUUUAUAUUUCCAGAUUUUCUAAGCAAUAGUACAUGCAUUUACACUGGAUAAGAAAUUACAAAUCUGAGACUUUGCUUAUAAUGCUGAAGUUCUAUUUGUUGAAAUACGACAGUGCAUCUUUAUUCAAUGAGGAGCGUUUAGUGUUUGUGUACAUGAUAUUUAUGAUGCUCCAUGCUAUGUGGCUUCUCUCCUCCUGUUUGUUUCUUUUGCACACGUUGCUUUCUUCUGGCAUGUUGCUCAGAUUCUGACUCUGCAGUCUGUCCCCUUUGUUUUAUAGGUUCUGUCUGUUCUGUGCUUUUGGCGUCGCACUUGUUACAUUUGUGCCAGAAUGAAGCUGAAGCUCAUUCACUGCUGCGUACCCACUUUCACAAAUUCCUCACAGGAACAUUGGAUCUCGGCGCAUAUGGCCUUAAACAUGCAGUAUCUGAACUCAGUUUGUUUUACAUUGGUAUUUUUGGUUUCAUGGUAAGCCUGUGUGUCACAUUUAAAGGGGUUGAAUUAUCUGCUGUUGAUGCUUGAGUUCAUCACUCAAGGUAUCAAUCUGAAUAUCUAAUAGUUUUAAGACCAUGGUUCGGUCCAGCCUCCAUAAUUUGAGCUCCAGCCCACAGCAGUAACAUAAACUUAUCACCUCACACAGGUGGACAACUCGGAAAAACUAC